AUGGCGAGGACAGACUUUGGUUUUUUUGCCCUGGCUUUGGUUGGCGCCUUGUCACUGCUGGCGCUCACUUUCGGCCUGGCUCCAGCAUUUUUUUGUCGAGUGGAUCAUCCCCUGCACUCGCUGGAUCGAUUUCGCUGGAUUUCUGGAUGUGGAAGCUGUGUGCUUCUGUUCCUGUGCGCACUUUGUUCCAAUGGCGCGGUUUAUGCUUACAUGCAGCUGCAUCCAACGCUGCACCUAAGCCUUCACGAAUAUUCUGAGACGCGGGUGGAGCAGGCUGGCCUGGUGAGCUUGGAUGCCAAGUUAGAUUUGAAACGUCCCAUGGACGCAGCUGAGUUGGCUGGUUCUGGUCAGUGUGCGCGGAAGGACUGCCGAAUUGAAUUGGGUUACCUGCUCUUUUCAAAGGAUUCCCUGCUACGUGUCGACGACAUCGAUGGGCACGAUGUCGCGGCCGCCGAAGAGGAUGAAAGGAACUACGAGAACCGCAGAAAACUGAGCGAAACACCGGCCACAGGGGCCGUCAAUGAGACCAACUCGACCUUUGGCGGGCGCCUCUCGGGGGCAGGUGGAGGCGGCGGAGGCGGCGGCGGCGGGGGAGGCGGCAGCAAGAAACACUGCUCCAUCACUUGCGUCUACGCGGCGCCCUUGGUGCCCGAAGAUGCGGAGCUAGCUGCGAAAAGGAUUGCAGCAUCGGCGUUUGAGGAGGUGCAGCUUGGUGGGACGUGCUUGGGGGCUUCCUGCGACACGCAGGUUAUGAGCCCAACGCCGUCCAAGGACCAACCCAUGGAAAUGCAGAGGAGAAGAGCUAAGGCGAAAGACAACGAUGGCACUAAGGCCAGCGAAGCCAAGAGCCAAAGCGAUGGAAAGGAGUCUCUCCAGUUGGUGCCGGUGACACCUAAUGGGGGUGAAGUUGUAGGGAAUGGGGAUAGCCAGGGUUCAGGGGAUGCCAAGAAAGAGGAUAGCGUAGCCAUACAACAAUAUGUUACUCCUCAGCACCCACAGGGGCCACCAGUUGAAUAUGGUCCCAAGAAUCUGGAACCUCUUUUCAGUGAGCAACAGCUGCAGGAAGUUCAGGACCUGCGGGCUAAGGCUCCCAUGCUUGAUCCACCUUCGCUCUGCUCAGGGGUGGAGGUUGCAAUCACACCAGCCAUGCGUCCAGCAGUCAACCAAGGACCUAGUUCACCAGGGGUUCCAAUGGCGGCAGGGUGUGGGGUGGGAUUUGCCACAGGGAUGGAUCCUAGGAUCAUAGAAGAAGAACGAAUGCGGUUGAGGUUCAUCUUAGAUCAUGAGCGGGGUAUGAUGCAGAAUCUCAUGAGGCAGGUUCAAGAAGAGAACAUGCGUCUCAGAGUGCAGCUGAUGGAGGAACGUGAAGGGAAGUACUCCACACCACCUGACAAGCCGAUCGAGGAGAACCAAAGGCCAAAGGAAUUUGCAAGCCACAGAAGGUCAGAGAGACAGGGUGGCAAAAAGGAGGAUGAGGGCCAAGGAUCCAGGAAGGAUGAGGGCCAAGGAUCCAGGAAGGAUGAGGGCCAAGGAUCAAGAAAGGAAGAAGGACACCAGCCUCAGGAGGGUGUCCACCAGCAGAACUGGCAUGGUCAGCAAGGUGAGACAGCUGAUCAGGCCAACGGAUCUGAGGAGAGUUCCGAAGAUCAGAAGUCUGAGGAGGAGUUUUCAGAGGAGUCUGAAGCUGAGGAUGAAGAGAAGAGGCAUCAAGGCGGUUCUGCUGAGAGUGGCGGAGACAAGACCGUAGAAGUGAUGCUGAAGCUGAUGCAAGAGGGGCGAAAGAUCGAGGGAAAGACCCCGCAUCAGUUGGUGGAAGAGUCAAGGCAGCUCUCGAGGUGGGCUCCCUUACUGAUGACGGCCAUCACCGAGGCGGUGUUCAAAGAACGAGGCCAAGUCCCCAAGCCCCGACUCCGGUCCUGGAGAACACACAUUCUUCAGGGACACACCCCCUUCCGGAAGGAUUGUGCAGUGUGCCAGCAGGCAUCCGGAAGAGACAAAGCACACAGGCGAGAGAAGCUCCCACCACGAUCUGGAGUCCUCUCAUUGGACACGGCAGGUCCAUUGAUGAAAGCCCCGGAUCUUGGAAGAGGAACGGCCAAGUUCAUGUUGGUCGCCAGCUUUACAUGGCCGUCAGCAUCAACAGAAGAAGAUGCGACAGAAGAGAACGAGGAAGACCUCAAAGAAUGUCCCCAGAUUGAUGAUCUGGCCGAGAUAGAGAGAGAGAAAGAAAUAAAAGAAGACGGCAAGCCGAGAAGAGGACGUCCUAGAAUUGAAGACGUCGAAGCCAGAGAAAGAGAGAGAAGAACGGCAGAAGAAGAGAAGACCCGUCAAGAAGGGGAUCUGAAAGCACCAUCCAUCGGAGAGGAGGAGGAUUUGGAGGCCUAUCGACAGACCAAGGCUGGUCAGCAUGAGGAGGAGGAGGAGUAUGAUUCUCCAUCCUUGGGAGAAGAGCAGGGCCAAGAAGGACAGGAAGAGGAGACGGAAAAUGAAAGGGAGGAAGUGCACAUGGCUGUGCACAGGAUGGCCAUACCAAUGGCGUCAAGGGCAUCGGAGGAGGUCUUGAGACACAUCAUUGACCUUUACUUGAUGUUAAAGGCCGAUGGGUAUGAGGUGCGACAGAUCCAUUCAGACAGAGCGGCAGAGUUCAUAUCACCGAGACUUGAACGGUGGUGCCGCGAAAGAGAUAUCCUGCAGACCUGGUCGGCAGGAGCCGAGCCUCAAUCAAACGGCAGAGCAGAGAGAACAGUGCAGGAGAUCAAAUCAAGAGUAAGAAGACUCUUACAUGCCGCCAGAGUUGGCCCAGAAUGGUGGCCAGUUGCGCUAAGAAAUGUCAAUGAGCGCCUGAGAAGAGAAAGAAUGAAGGUGAACUGGAAUGGCCAGAAGUUUGAGGAGAUUCCGGCCUUCAUGCAAGAAGUCACCGUAAAGAAGAGGUUUUGGCGCACGAAGGAGCUGGAACCGGGGCGAGAGGUGGUGAGAUAUCUGUCUCCUACGUGGCUGCACCAUGGCCACUGGGUCCUUAGAGAAGAUGGGACCAAGAUGCUGACCCGAGCCGUGUUCAAGAAAGGCACGGAGCCAGUGGAUGACCAAGUAUGGGUCGCACUGGAGGAUGCACUGACCCCAGUCGAUUUGAGGAGACGACUUCGGGGCAAAGUGCUGGUCAGAAGGGUAGAGGGAAGUCAAGAAGAAGACAAGCCUCGAAACCCGGAUCAAGGAGCCAUCGCCAAGGAGAAACACCUAGAGCGGAUCAUCCAAGAAGAGAUGACGUAUGUGGUGCAUGAUGAGAUGGAGGUUGCUCAACAGGUGUUGGAUGCCACCAAAGCCCUUAGAGGGUUCAAGACCACUGAAGAAGAAGAGAUCCUGCAGACCAAGAUUGUCAGCCCACAAGAUGUGAAGAGAAAUGCAGAUGCCUGGAAAGAGGCGAUAGAAGCGGAGCUUAAGUCCCUGAUGGAAACAAAGAGGGCACUCCGAGUCGUCCCCCCUGAAGAGGCCAGACAGAUGACUCAGGAUCAAGGCCUGUUGGCAGUCCCGGCCAAGGUGGUGUUUACCAUCAAACCGGACGCCGCAAAUCCCCGAGGAAAGAAGAAGUGCCGUAUAGUGGCCUGUGGGAACUAUGCCCCAGAUGCAGAAAUGGACUGCUUCGCAGCAGGAACAGAUGCAGCCACACUGAGGCUAGCAUUGGCCAUGGCAUCAAAGAAGGCGUGGUAUGGGGCCAACUUGGAUGUUAAGACGGCCUUUCUAAAUGCUCCUAUGACCAGGCCCCAGAGAGAUUCAGAGGAGGAGGAAGGAUUGAGUAAGAUCCUCUUACGACCUCCACCAAUUUUGGUGUCUCUGGGCCAUGUAACCAAGGAUCAGUUCUGGGAAGUCCUCAAAGCGAUGUAUGGAUUCCACCAGAGCCCACGACUAUGGAGCGAUUAUCGAGAUGAUUCGAUGAGGAAAAUGAAGACCUCAAAGCUACAUCUGGUUCAAAUGGAGACAGAGCCAAGCGCCUGGCUGAUGAAGUCCCAGGAAGAUGAUGAGACACAUGGCAUCAUUCUCACUUACGUUGAUGAUGUCUUGAUACUGUCCACCAAGGAGGUUGUGGAAGAAUGGGUGGACCUCAUCAGAAGGACAUGGGAAACCUCAUCUCCAGAAUGGGUUAAUCCCGAUGAGCCAACCAGGUUUUUGGGGAUGGAGCUCAAGAGGUCAGAAGAAGGAAUCUGGACGGCAUCCCAGAAGAACUACACGUUGGAAGUUCUGAGGAAGAACCUCAAGAAGACACCAUGGCCCAGAAAGAAGAUACCAAUCUCCAAAGAAGGAGCAGAGAGUGAAGAAGAAGAUCAGAAGAAAGAAGAAGAUGAAGAUGUUGGCCCUAUGACCCCCGCAGAGGUUAAGGAAGCCCAGAAAGUGGUUGGCGAACUAAUCUGGUUGGUGACCAGAUGCCGACCAGAUUUGAUGUAUGUCACCACGAAGAUGGCAUCUUGGUCCACCAGAAACCCAAGGAAGGUACUUGACAUGGCUGGUCAAGUGUGGGGUUAUCUGGCUGGAACUGUGAACUCCACCCUUCAGCUCAAGGGACCGCUGGACUCCAAUGACAUGGAGGUUCACACAGAUGCAUCUUAUGGAGAUGACGCUCAUGGGUGUGUGGUGGUGAAGUGGGGGGAGGCAGCCAUUCUAUGGCGCAGCGCCAAGCAGACGCUACAGACAACAUCUACAGCCGAGGCAGAGUUAGUGGAGAUCAUGGAGGGUGCCACUAUGGCUGACUCAGUUCGAGUUGUUGUAGAAGAACUGGUUGGAGAACGAGUUAGGUGUUGGCAGUUUACAGACUCAGCAUCAGCCCUGUCAAUUGUCUCAGGGGAUUCAGCGUCAUGGAGGACGAGGCACCUGAGGAAGAGGGCUAGAUUUCUGAGGUGGAGAGCCCUUAGAGGAGACGUGGUGAUGAGACAUCAACCGGGAAGUGAGAUGGUGGCAGAUAUCGGAACGAAAGCGCUGGCAUCAGUUCGUCUGAAGGAACUGAAAGGAAGACUCGGCCUGAUUGAAGAAGAAGUGGAAGAGGCAGGUGAUCUUCAAGAAGCCAAGAAGGGCGCCGAGAACUGCCAUAUGGAAAAGUCCCAGUUGAUGGAUCAAGCCCAAGCGGAAAGGCUAGUGAAGGUGUUGAUGGUAAUGGCUCUAGUUCAAAGAGCUAAGGGAGCGGAAGAAGAGGAAGAGGAUCAUCGGGCACUAGAAUGUGCCAUGCUCCUAUAUACCAUCGUAGUGGUGGUGGCCACGGUUGUCAGCCAGGCCUUAUGGAAGUGGUGGGGUCGAGGUCACCACCCUUCCAACGCACAAGCAGACAGCUCCGCAACCACAGAGGAAAUGGAGGAAGAAGCUCUGCUUCCAGCACUGCAAAGAAGAGCCUCACAAGCAGCACACCUAGCCAGCAUUGUAGGCAGCACCACUUCCGGGGGAGUUACAGGCCACAGGGCCGGCACCAAUGAACCCAGCACCGUUAGCUCUGCUACCAGCCAGAUACCAGCACCUGCCCAGAGAGGAUGCAGCAGAAACACCGACAGAACACCUGAGGUCACAACUUCUGGCCAAGCAACACCCAGUGAGGAGCCGCAGGCCAGCCAACAGAAGAACUCAGGAAGCCAGGGCACUCCAGCUCAACCAAUUCCAGGUGCUGCUCCCAUCGCUUGGGCCGUGAGUAGCUCGAGUCCACCGAGUGCCACCAGCGGCACCAAGCACUUCCACUGGUGGACGGGGGAGCGGCAGGACUACCAACGGGCCAUGGAUGAAGCAGUUGCUCAUCAGCUACCUGAGAGGUUGAAGGUCUGCAACGGACAGCAAGCCUUGGAGGUCUCCAAAAACUGGUGGGGCGCUUGUAGCAGUGUGCUGGCAGCGAACUGGGGGCUCCCGUUGACGAUAAGUUAUGGCUAUGUGAACUGCCGGACCAGGGACAAUGCGGGCCUGUGUUGCUGUCCAGUGGGAGAGCGCCUACUGGCGGGUGAGGGUGGCUGUGAACCAUGCCGGCGCUUGAAAGGACGCUUGGAUGCCCUGCAUGAGUUCCCGCUGCUGUAUUCACUGGCCGAAGAUGACUGGCAGAACAGUUUCUACUUGAUGCUAUUCUUUGGCUUGGUCUUGUUGCCACUGCCGUGGGCCAUCGUAGCUCGCUGCUGUUGGCACCUGACAGAUUCGGCCACCCUUCGGGACAGCUUUUUGCAAUACGAAGUCCGCAAUCAGCGGAAACAGAUCGCAGAGACUUGGAUUGGUGCCUCAACUUUGCAUGGUCCUUGGACCAUUCAUGUGGCCAGCAUGUCUGGAGACUGUCGUGCCCUUGGCAAGGCUUGGCCAUGGACGCCCUUGACUCCCGAGCUGUUGUAUGUACCGGGGACCAGAUUCCGUGUGAAUGUGAGUGCGCAUUUGCCCAACGAAAACCUCGCCUUGGCAAUGCUGACGGCGCACCAGCGGAGUCGAGUGGAGCAUGAUAUGGACGAUCGGCAAGGUUAUCCGAUGUCCUUGUGGCGCGCCAGUCUGGCGGAGCCGGUUGUGGCCACCUUCCAAAGCUGGAGCAAAGAACCCGUGGCCAUCGGUAUUCUUCAAAAUUGGCCCACUUUUCCCCCAAUGGUGGUGACUGGUGCGGUGAGUUUCGACCCAGUUGGCGGCCGCCAUCUUCCACCCGAAUUGCAGGUGUCAAAUCUCGUUUUGAGCUUCGUUUUUGUGGCAUGUUGCGCUUCAAUCCUGAUGCUGCUGGUCUACACCUUGCGCUUCAAAGAUUGCCGAAGCCGUUUACAUUUGGCCUUCCUUGGCUGUUUCCUACUGAAAUUUCUCACCUUGCUACUGCAGCUCGUGGAGUUGAUCGAUUCAGAUGUCACCGGAUAUCCCUCCUUCUUUCGAGAGAUUUCUGCUGUGGUCUUGAAGCAUGUGCAGGACAUUUGUAUCAUGGGCGUCUUCUUCCUCAUCGGCGUGGGAUGGAAGAUCACACGGCAACAUCUCCGAAGUUCUGAGUGGAUUUUUGCAUUGGUUGCUAUGGCCAUCGGCUUCUUAUUGCGGAUGAUGAGCUUCCUUUGUGGCUUAUUGGGUGCCUGCAACCCCAUCCGUUACAAGUUGACAGUCUUCACGGUGAACGCCUUGUGCUCCUUGGUGAUCAUCGUGGCUACCAAUUUCAACAUCUUCGUGCUGACACGACAGCUGCAGGAGUCACACGUCUCUUCGGAGGCCUCCUGGAUCUAUGCCAAAUUCUAUGCCUAUAUGAGGUUUCGCAUUUGUUACCUCUACUACAUCAUGCUUGAGGUCGCGUGCGACGCGGCCAUGCGUUUGUUCAGAGAACCCAUUGUGCAGGUGAUGAAGGAAGUGGUUGAGUGGUUGCUCUUGACGGUGGUGCUGUGGGUUUGGCGGCCGGGCUAUAUGGAAGAGUACAAGGUCUUUGAUUUGGCCUGUGCAUCGGAUGUGCCCAGCAGCGACUCUGAAGAGCCUUUGGGGGCGCCCGAGAUUGUGCAGAGCGGCGCUUGGAUCCUCUUGGUCCCUGAUGUUGAAACAGCAGGAAACCGUGGUUUCUGGGCACUGUCGUUGUCCUCUCUGUCUUUGAGCGACGUUGCGGGGCUACGGCUUUGGUUGUGGCAGAUGGCACUUGCCAAGUUUCAAAAAAAGCUGAGCUUUGCUCAGCACAACUGUACAACGCUAAAAGGCACUCACUUUGGCUGAGCUGAGUUGAUUAUCC